AAAAGCAACAUGGCCGACGAGAAUGCUCUUUCUGGAGAUGGAAGAAAAUCCAGAGCAAUUGCUUCAUUUAUCUCAGUGAGUUUUAUGAUAACUAUUGGUAUUCCUAUCUGGUGGAAUACAACCAAAGUUUACAGAGCAACGCUUCCAUAUGAUGAACUGCAGGAGCUACAGAAUUUAAAGUUGCACAUUAAUGUGUCCGUUGAUUUAAUAUGGCAGCAAGAUUUUCACACUCAAGAAGACACUUUGCAAACAUUAUCUGAUAAACUAAACUUGAAUGAUUCUAAAAAAGAUGACCACAUUCACAUUAAUUUUAAUUUGAGAGGUAGAAAGAUAAAUCCUAAUGAAAAUCAACUAUUGGCUUCAUCAAUGGAUAAUGUAGAAACAUUAGAUGAUGGUUUACAAGAAUUAUGGGCAACCAAUGAUGAUUAUUUGGAAUAUAAAUUUAUCAUUGUCUCUGACAAAGAAGCAGUUUUGUUUGAUCAUGGAACUGAUAUUUUUAUUGGAAAAUACAGACAUGCCCUCCUAUCUGAUUUUAAAGGGCUCAGUGAAGCAGUUAAUUUGAUUGCAAAUGUCACAAGAAACAUAUUUCUUCCUCGGGCUAUCAUGAAGCUACAAGUUUUGAAAGAAAGUCAACCUAGGACAAAAAUUGACGAAAUUCGUGCAUUUAAAUCUGUUACAGGCUAUCAAUUGUCAUUUAAUUUGAUCAAUGAUGAACCAGAAACUGGAAUUGUUAAAUGGAAUAUAGAGCAGGCGAUAUCAGAUGUUCUGAAACCGUUUGUCAAUAAAAUCAAGUAUUUUGAUGUUACUUUUGAUUCACAGGUGUUGUAUUAUAGUGGACUUAAUUUGGCACCAAAGACAGAUAACAAUGUGAAAUAUUUGACUGUUGAAGAUCUACCACAAAUGAUUAAUCCCAUUGAGUCAAAGCUAGGUUCCUUUGUUUCACUGAAUCCCAGUUUAAAUUUCAUCGUUUAUAUUCCACGAUGGAAAGAUACGCCACUGAAAAUUAUUGAUGACAAUGGAGUGUACGUUGCUACAAAUGCAUUUUUGAGUCCGCGAUGGGGUGGUUUAGUGAUUCACAAUGUUCAUGAACGUAGUGAAAACGCGACAGAAACUCCACCAAUCAUUCGAUUGAAAAUGAGCCCUAUAAUGAAGAUAUUUCUUACACAAAUACGCGCCCUUGUUGGCAUUAAACAUGAAAUCACUUUAAAAGGUGUGACAAUGUCCUCUUUCUUAAAUUCUGGCGUACAGGAUUGGGAAGUCGAUCGUUUAUUGCUGAAGACAAGUUUGGAAUACCUCUCUACGUCAGUAAAGACAUUGACAUCCUUGACCCAACUUAUGGAUAAAGUGAAAAAUAUGAUAAUUGCUGACAAGAUAAAGAUAGACAUUGAAAACGCGCUGAUGAAAAUUAACCAGUGCCAAGAGGCUUUAUCACAAGGAAGGAUAAUUACAGCUUUUCAAGCCGCAAAAAGGGCCGUUCAACUUUCAGAGAAAGCCUUCUACGAUCCUUCAGUUUUAGAGCUGUUGUAUUUUCCCGAUGAUCAAAAGUUUGCCAUCUAUAUUCCUCUGUUUUUACCCAUGUCCUUGCCUCUUGUGCUAUCCCUCUUUGCUUCCAUCAAAUGGUUGCGUAAGAGAGACGAAUUGAAAGAUGUGCAGUCGAGUGAAGGUGAUGAAAUUGCGAAGAAAAAAGAUGAAUGAGCCGAUGUACGUAAGUGAUAUAUAGUCUUUUUAAAAUACAAUAGUGAAGCCUAUUUUUUCUUUGCCACAUUUCAUUCUCCCUGGUUGCUUUUAUGAUGCAAAACUUAUUUCAUGACGACUGGUGCCAUUUUGACGGAUCAGCUCUAAAUGCAGAAAAACCUUUUUGUUGUUUUAUUAUCAAAACACUCAAACUCAAACAAUUGAUAAAGUAAUGCUAUUUUAUGAUUUUUAUGACGGUUCAAAUCAGUGAGGAAAACACAAUGAAAAUAAUUGUCACCUGAUCUUAUCCGCUUUAGGCAUAGUACCGCUGUACAAACGGUUUGCAACAUGCGCGGCAAUCGGAUCCUUUCCUACAGUAGCAACAGCUAAAACAUCGUUUCCUCUAUAGAAUUAAGAAACGCAUCGUAAGAUUUUUCAUAUUUUUUUGAACAUUCAGCUAUAUCUUGGAGGUUACUUGAUGUAAUAGGCAGCAAACGACAAAUCUUCGACGCUCCCUUCUAUAAGAACAUCAUCAAAACUUUCAGCAUGACCUAAAAUAGAAAACUGUCAAUUAUGCCCUUAUUACUUUCAUUCCUUCGAACUUCCAUUCCUGUUCAUGAAUAGCUUUGAUAACCAGAUCAGAAAACGAUAACGGCUUGCCUGCAUAGCGAAUGCUUUUUCCAUAUUGCAUCGUCCAAAAGAACGGCACUGUGUCAACUUCUUUACUUUUAGCAAGCAUAUUUAAAGCUGCUACUUUUCCUGCACAAAAUCAAAGGUGAAUUUCACAGCACCAUAGUUAUCAUCUUUGGCUUACGUAAAUAUUGCCUUACCGUGCGCAUGAGCAAGCUGCCAGUGACCUAUGGUCACAUGUUUUCCAUUAAGCAUCUUGAGAGGAAACGACGCUAUGUCGCCCCCAGCGUAGAUAUCUUCAUUUGCCUUCAUAUACUACAAAUAUAAUAGUGAAUCUAUUACAUUGUUUUCUUUCAUUUGGUUCUAUUACAAUAUCUUCUUUCAUUGUCUUCUUUCAUCGCUUCUUUCAAAAACAUUUCCAACCGAGAAAUUUGGAACACUAACACUAACCUUAUCGACAAUAAUACUACCGUGUUUUGUUGUCUCAACCAUACAAUCGUCAACAAAACCCGUAGAUGCCUUAACACCUAAAACAUGCAAGUUAGAUUAUGCAGAUGGUAACUAUUCAUUGAGCAAAAGAUACACAGUUUCUUUCACCUAUGCCUAUGACGCAAACGUCAGCCUCCAGCACUUCGUCAUUUGUCAACAACGCCUUUUCGAGCUGAAUGACAAUUUUUUUUUUGACAUGUUGCUAAACAAGAAAACUGUUUUUCAUUUUGGUGACUAACCUUUCCGUUGACUCCUUUAAACUCUUUCACUGACGUAUUAAAAUGGAACUUCACACCUUUUUCAGCAUGCAUCUAUUACAGAAUAAGAUGAUUACGUUAGAAAGGCAUUGUGGGAAGGUUUAGUUUAAGGUUUCUUGGCUGCACUCACUUUAGUUAUACGCGCACCAACUUCUGAACCAAAGACCCUUGCGAAUGGAGUGGGAGACUGCCCUACGACGUCAACGCUUGACGCUUCACCUUUGUCCACGCCGAAUGCGGCCACCUCCAAACCUAAAGUAAAGAAAUUUAUACAGUUUAUGAAAGUAUUUUGACAUCCUCGACCAGGAGUCCAUGACUUCGCCGAGACUUUGACACAUCAUGAGAUUUCAUAUUUUUUUUUAAAUUACCGAUAAAUGAAGUUCCUAUGACCAGCAUCCUCUUUCCUUUACAUGCAGCAGCUAAAUGACAUUUCAAUCAUUAUCAUUGUCUAUGUUCAGAAGAAGGCAUCAAGAACAGUAAAAAACACUCCCACCGAUGGCAUUGGCGUCGUUGGGAUUUCGCAGGUAGAAGAUAUUUUUCAAAUCACCACCGGGAACAUUCAUCAAUCUUGGACUAAAGUGAAGACGGACGAAGGAUUUUCAUAAUUCAAUGUUAAUGUUUUAAGCAAGCAAACCUGUUCCUGUUGUAUGGCAAUUGGCAAAAAAUCUUUAAAAGAAAAGCUAAGAAUAUGGAAAAUUGCACAAAAUCGAACAUACGUUCCGCCAGUGCCAAUGAAUAAUUUAUCAUAUUUGAUUGUUGUUCCAUCCGUGAAUUCAACGAGCUUAUUUGAUUUGUGUAGUUUACAGGCCUUAGAAAGAAGAGUAAUCAAUGUCACAACUUAAAGAAAAGUAUUUUACAGAUUUUGUGAUUGGUUUCAACUUUAUAUCACCUCCUUCUUAAAUUCUACUUUGAUAUCAUAGUUUUCUAAAAACUCUUUUGGUCGUAAAGCAAUUUCAUGACCUUUUUUCUGUAGCACCUUGAAAGAAAUGGAUAAAGUCAUAUUAAACAUGAAUAAAUAUUUCAUGGUUUUUUUUUAA